AUGAAACAGCGCAGCACAGCCAUUGCCCGAGGUCGGUUGGACGGAGAAUUAGGAGAUGCCAAUCAAAAGCGUCGUCGCUUUCGAGGUGGUCGGGCCCGUCGUAUUUGGCAAUCUUGGGCUCUGGACAAUCCGAAAGCUGCCGUGGGCGCAUUGAUUUUUGUGUCCUUUUGUUUGAUUGGCAUGAGUGUGGAACAAUUCGGCAGUCGCCCUUCUAGUAGUUUGGACUUUCGACAACGCAUGCGCCGUGCCAGGGCAUUGAUGAAACAAGCGGCGCAUCGCAAGGGACAAGACGAUUUUGGAGUCAAACCAGAAGAAGCAGCCGAUGAUGACGGCGAGGGCGACGACGAUGGGGAAGAAGAAGAAGAAGAGGAGGGCGACGAUCGUCGUCCACGAGGUCGUCCCGUUGCUCCCGCCCAACGCUUUCCUCGGCAAUUUGAUAUGCGACCACGAGAACAACAACAACAACAACAACAAUGGCCACCACCACGACGAGAAGAAGAAGGAGGAGAAGGUCAUCGCAAACGCUAUCGCAACAAAGAUUUGGAAAAAAUGUUGGAUCAAUUGGAUCACGACGUGAUGAACAAUAUCGAUGGAGGAGUGCGCUGGGGUGCUCCGUACUUGAUGCUCCCUCCUCUCUCAAACCUGGCCAAUGGACGACAAUUGCAGUCUCAAAAUGACGACGAAGAAAUGACGAGAGGCAAACGCCGUACCGAUGCCGUCAAUCCCAAACAGGUCGACACAAAGUCCAAUUUCUUUGUCACCAAACGCAAAUACCAGGCGGGAAUGAAAUGGGAAGAGGAAUACAACAGCCUCAAACCUGACGACAUGAAACCACCGGUCGACUAUGUCACUCAUGCCUACGAAUACCCACCAGUACCAAAAGAACUCCCCAGUGUCAAGGGCGGGCCCAAUGGAGAAUAUCCUGCCUAUCCACAACUACAAACCAUGGGAGAAAUGAUGAAAAAUUGGCCACAAGACCAGGACUUUCCCGGGGCUCACGAACGGCCCAUCAAAGAAUCCCUCAUUCGAUUCAAUUUUUCCAAUCCAGCAGAACUCGCAAUGGCCGAACAGUUUCGAGAUGCCGAAUUGCCAUUCAAACUCUACGACGUGCCAGAAGUAUCGGCGGCCACUCAAAAGUGGACGGACGAAUACGUGGCCGAAAACUUUGACGGAGCCGGAUUCUUUCGAGGACGCAAACACGGCGAGAAAGCGUCCGCACUCAUGGAUCGUCUCAUGGGUAAAACACCCGAUCAUGGUCAUGGACAUCACAACAAGGACUACACACGCCCUCCUCCCCGGGCCAAUGGACAAUGCCAGGAAUCGGCCAAUAAUUUCUUUGCCUUUUUUCAACCCAAUUUGUGGGAGGUCAAGACCAUGGGACUGCCACCGGUCCGUACCAAUGACUGGUCCUUUGAACACUGGGCGGAACAUGCCCGCUACGCCGAUGCCGUGGCAUUGAAUGCCAGCAAACCACACUUUUACUGGCAAUCCGGAGUACCGCGAGAAGAACGACACCAACCUCCGGAUGAUUGGGGAUUUAUCAGUCGCGAUUUGCCAUCGUUUAGUAGCCCUACCAAGACAUUUUUUGUCUUUAAUCCAGAAUCACAAAAGGGAAUUCAAUGCCGAUUUGGGGAACGAGGUGUGGUGGCCGCAACGCACUACGACUCGGGACGCAAUAUGAUUGCCAUGGUGACGGGUGCCAAGCGAUACAUUUUGGCACCCCCCAAGGAGUGCCCCAAGCUUGGCAUUGUCCCAUGGAAAUUCAAUUCCAUCUUUCGCCAUUCCCUCUUGAACUUUGGCCAUAUCAAUUACAUGAACGAUACGUCUGCGGAAUUGGAUGACGGGGAAGAAGAGGCAGGGCACCAUGGUGGUCCAUCGGAACCACGCCGUGAACGCCGACGUGCGCCACCCCAGAAAUGGAAAGGCGAUCACAUGUCGCGAGUAGAACGAGAGUGGAUGGAAAUUGCUUCCUCGUCCAAAGCAUUGGAGACAGUGCUCAAAGCAGGAGAAGUCUUGUACCUUCCGUCUCAUUGGUUCCAUUACAUUGUCAGCAUACAAAAGUCGGCUCAAUGCAACGUGAGAAGCGGUGUCGACAAUGAAGGCACUCCGGGCUUUGGCGGGUUAAUCGAUGUCAAGACUUGUGGGCGCUUGACACCCGCAGAGGCGGGUCUGCGGCCAGUGAGUCCCUUUUGA